CCUUUACCGCGGAAAAUAAAACGGGCCAAGAUCGGCAAAUAUCUUGAAACCGAAAUCCUCGAUUAGCGUUGAAGACGGGGGUGGAGCGAUCCGAUCUCCGGCGAAAAGAGCGGAGAUGGCACUGAGCUUAGCCGCGCGCAUCCAGCUAUUGCGAUUCCUCGUCGCGGUUGUCUUCUUCCAUGGCUCCGAGUACUUCCUCGCCGUCGCCAUCCACGGCCGCUCCAGGGUAUCCUUGGGCUCACUUCUGAUUAGCAAGCAGUAUGCUUUUGCGAUGAUUUGUGCACUGCUAGAGUACAAGAUAGAGCUAGUCUUCUUUCCAGAAUUGAAGGAGAAUUGGUGGAUGAGCAACAUUGGCCUUGUGAUGGUAAUAAUAGGGGAGAUCAUACGGAAAGCUGCUAUUUUAACAGCUCGCCGUGCCUUUACACAUACCAUCAGAGUUUAUCAUGAAAAUCACCAUCAGUUGAUCACUCAUGGAAUUUAUAGAUUCAUGCGCCAUCCAGGGUAUUGUGGGUUUUUUAUCUGGGCAACUGGAACUCAACUUAUGCUCUGCAAUCCCAUAUGCAUAGUAGCCUUUACCAUGGUCACCUGGCGGUUCUUUUAUAGGAGGAUACGAUUUGAAGAGUUCUUCUUGAGGCAGUUUUUUCGCUCCCGAUAUGUGGAGUAUGCACGACAAGUUCCUUCUGGACUUCCUUUCAUAAAAUGAGCAGCUGUAUUGACUUCGUAACAAAUGGCAAAACGUCUGUAGCUGCAUCAACUUGUUUGCUGACUGGCUGUCCAAAGGAACGCAGGAAAACACGUUCAAGGCACCGACCAAUUGAUCUACGCAGUAAAUUUUGGCAUACUUAACCGGCAAAAUAAUGGUGGUAAGUUGUGAAAAAUUGGUGUCUUGUUUUUGGAUCCUUGGUCUUAGAGAGGAGCUGCCAGGUCUGAGCAGUGGCUGCAGAUGCUUGAUUAGUGCCCUAAACAAUAUGACAGGCUUUUCAUCCAGCACGGCAGCAGUCAUUUUGUUUUUGUGUAAAGUGAGUUACCAAAUUUAGUUUUCUGAAAUUCUGUUAUGUGCCUGCUGUGGGGUUAUUAGAACUUCCGGUGGUAGCUGCCAGAAUUGAGAGAGAUUUCAUAAUCGUUUGGUUCUCUCUAUGUGAUUUGAAGACUGCUGGUGUUCGAUUCUAUUCAAAGAAAAAAAAAGACUUGUAUUCGAUGUCCGUAUCUCAUUUGAUAGGAAAUCGGAGGUAAUAAAAAUUAAAAGGGUUUCUGAAG